AUGGCGGUUGAAAAUUCGAAGAGACUUUAUAGUCAGACAGAUGUUGCUGAGAGAGACGGUGAUGAGUUUGAGAUUGAUGAUGGCGCGCAAGAAAAUGAUAUUGAUAUUGAUGGAUUCUUGAGUCAAAAGAUUGAUUUCUCAAAGAGUAAAAGAGCUAGAAGAAUUGCAAAGUUUUCACAAGCCACUCAAGUGCUUGAUGAUGCUGAUCCAGUAAGUUAA